GCAACACCAGUGGUACAUUCCAAAUGUCUGCUAGUAGCAUUCAUGCCCGUGCAUCACAGAGUUAGAGCUAAAACUACAUUGUUUUAGUCGCCUUUCUGCCUGGUACUGGUGUCAUUGUAUUUUUAUUUUUAAUUUAAACCCGUCAUCCAUCAAUAUGUCGGCCCCAAAGAAGGGAAACUUAUCUUCAAGCGAAAAGGAGUUGUUUCAGGUUAUUACAGCUGGGAACGUUCAGGAAGCCUCCAGGCUGCUUGGCUGUAAGGAUGUUAGAGUGAACUGUCUAGAUGAGUAUGGAAUGACUCCACUCAUGCAUGCUGCUUACAAAGGAAAAGCGGACAUGUGUAAAUUACUCCUGCAACAUGGAGCAGAUGUGAAUUGUAAUGAACAUGAGCACGGAUACACAGCGCUUAUGUUUGCCGGCCUGUCAGGAAAGACCGACAUCACGUGGAUGAUGUUGGACGCUGGAGCAGAGACAGAUGUGACAAACUCUGUUGGAAGGACAGCUGCGCAGAUGGCAGCUUUUGUUGGUCAACACGACUGCGUCACGGUAAUAAACAACUACUUCUCCCGUGCUCGGCUGGAUUACUACACAAAGCCUCAGGGUUUGGAGAAGGAACCCAAGCUGCCCCCCAAAUUGGCCGGACCUCUCCACAAGAUCAUCAUGAGCACCAACUUGAACCCAGUUAAGUUGGUGAUGCUGGUGAAGGAAAACCCUUUGCUUGCAGAGGUGGCGGCUCUGGAGAAAUGCAGACGUGUGAUGGAGCUCAUCUGUGAGAAGUGCAUCAAGCAGCAGGACAUGAACGAGGUUUUGGCCAUGAAGAUGCACUACAUCAGCUGUGUGCUGGGGAAGUGUUCCUCCUUCCUCAAAGACCGUGAGGACAAGCUGGAAGGUCUCAUAAGGAGUUUACUGAAGGGUCGUGACAGCGACAAUUUCCCGCUGUUUCAGGAGAAGUUUGUUAGAGAAUGCAUCCGCAAGUUUCCGUACUGCGAUGCCACGCUGCUACAGCAGCUGGUCCGAAGCAUCGCUCCUGUGGAUAUUGGUAAUGACCCCACAGCUCUAUCCGUGCUGACCCAGGCCAUCACAGGACAGGUUGGCUUCAUGGACACAGAGUUCUGCACAACCUGUGGAGACAAGGGAGCUGAGAAAAGAUGCUCCAUCUGCAAAAUGGUUAUCUAUUGUGGUCAAGCUUGCCAAAAAAUGCACUGGUUUACUCACAAGAAGGUUUGUAAGAAGCUCCAAGAGCAACGAGAAAAGCAAGAAGCAGAAGCAGCCAACCUGAGGAUGCAGCAGAGCAAAGAGGCGACUGAAGUCGUGCAGGAGGCAGCAGACUCCAUGCAGGAGCUCUCGGUGGAAACAAACAAGGAAGUAGCAUCUGUGGAUUCAGCUGCAGAGACACAUGACUCCAUCACAGCUGCUGAAAACUGAGACGCAUCUUUACAGACUGAUUUCCAGCCUCCACCCUCUCCUGGGUUCAUCCAACCUCCGCAGACAGACAGAAAACUACCACAAAGACUGGUCCAGUGGCAGAGAAAACGCUAUUUUUAUUUAUCAACGGUCUGAGACCAUCAACCGAGGAUUUUGAGGAGCAACUGUUGUCUUUUUGUCCAUUUUUAUUUGAUAUUGUUCUUGUCAGUUCUGUAUACACAGGUGUGUUUGUAGUAGGUGUCUCUGGGAAGAGAAGUGAAGAGCUAAAGAUUACAGCAACAAUGACACUGCCUUAAGAAACUGUAGCAAACUGUGAGAAAGAAAGAAGUGUUGAGUCGGUUUUUGGGGUGUACGUUUGUACCCGCAAUGCCCGUGUGCAAAGCACGGCUGAUGCAUGCUGACCAAAAAUGGGAGGGGGGUGUUUUUGUUUUAAUUUUUAUUGACGUCAAUGGGAGUUUGUUUUAGAGUAUUGUAAAAAAUAAAGAGUUUAUGCUCAGGAAUUUAUAACUAACUGAAAAUGUUUGUCCCCUCUAGAGUCAAGUUUUUAAAAGUAAAUAGUUGUGCACAGUGAGCCCAUUGUUGGUUAACGAACUGCAGUUUGAGACGGUUUGGCGUUUUAUUUAAGGUGUAAGCUAAAGUCACUCGUCGUGUCCAGCUUGAGUUUAUUUACCCUACAUGAUGAGGACUUCCUUUACCAAUAAAGGCUUUUCCCCUUA